AUGGGCGCUUUUCUCAUCUACGUCGCAAAUCCAUGGCGGAAAAGGGUCCCCUCCUACAAGGGCGAAAGCACCUUUUCUUUUCUCGGCGAUGCUCUCGACUAUGCCAUGCGACCAGUCGACCUCAUCACGAAGGCCACGGCCCAGUGUGGCAACAUCUUCAGUCUCCAGGUUUUGACCGUUUACAUCGUCUGGCUUCGGGGGAACGCUCUGAAUAAGGUCUAUCUGGAGACAAGAGAAGAUGUUUGGUCUUUCACCGGCGGCAUGGGAAUCUUUCUCAACAAAAUCAUUGAUCCUGGCUACUGGAACCAUUACAGAACACUUCUUUCAUCCCUCAGCAGAUAUGUCAAUCGUGGCGCUGCUCAGGAGUACACAAGGACUGUUUCUAUCGAGGAGACGCAAAAGUCAGCUGCAGAAUGGCAAAUGCAAGCGGAUCUGCCGCUUUUCGAGGCGGUUUCCUUCCUUGUUCACAAGAUCAUUGUGAGAACACUCAUGGGCCAAGACUUCUACGAGAACAAUAUGCGGGAGCUGGUAGACCUGUUGCACGCCAUGGAAGCCGAUAUUGGCAGCUUGUUCUCCUUUGUCCUACCGGACUGGGUCCCCCAUCCACCAGCACAGCGAUUGAAGCGGGCGCGGCAGCGAGUGAAAGAAAUUUUCCUCGAGCGCCUGCAUCAAAGAGAAGUCAUCGGCACUGAGUCUUCCAGGGAUCUGCCCGACUACAUUGCAUUCACGAUGGAAGACAAGUCGACUGCUCCGCUCAGUGAUCUGAUGCCGAGCCAUCACACUCUACUUAUGUUUGCCGCUCAUACCAGUACUGCCGCCAGUAUUAGCUGGUCUCUAAUUUCGUUGUUGCGUCACCCCGAGAUGUUGAAGCGUGUCACCGCCGAGUUGCGGGCUAAUCCCGAUGAGGACUCGAUUCUUUUGCAGGCUUGCAUCAAAGAGAGUUCGCGUCUCUACUCGGGAUUUCAGAUGCUGAGGCUUGCUAGGAAGGAAGUGGUUAUCCCGACAACAAAGGUCUCGGUUCCGAAGGGCGCUGUUGUCUCGAUUAGCCCUUACUCGACCCAUCACGAUCCAGCCAACUUCCCCAACCCUGAAGAGUGGGACCCGGAGCGCUGGAUUACAGGCUCAGGGGAUCUCGUGCUGAUAGACAACCGUUCCGAAGCAGGCGUAAAGUUCCUCCCCUUCGGAGCCGGUUGUCACCGCUGUGUUGGAGAGAAAAUGGCCAGUAUCAUGGUGUCGAAGACGCUGGCUUCGUUGCUGAAGGACUACGACGUAGAGUGGGCAAACCCUGAGGCGCUGCGCGUCACGGAUUUCUCCGCUCUUGAUUUCGGUAAGAUAGGGUCACCUUGGUUGAAGGGAGAUGUGGGGAUAAUGGUGAAGAAGGUGUGA